UUUGUUGUCAUUGUCAUUUGUCAAACUCGAUUUCAAAAUUAAAACGGUGAAUCGUGUUUUGCUAAAUAGAUUUUAUUUAUUUACGAAUAAUCACUUAAAAUGUCUGCAUUUAAACAGUUAAAAGAUGUCAGCAUCGCCUUCGAGCAGCAACUGCGCGACAUAUCUACCGAGUUAUUCUCAGCGAAAAUACAAGAACCGUUCGAAGAUGGACUGACAAAAAAAUUACAAGAUUUAACUUUUUUAACUUCAAAAUUGAGGCUGUUAAAAGCAAAACCUUUGUCUGCAUUACCAGAGAUCACAGAGCGGCCGAAAUCAGAAGAAACUAUAAAAGAAUACGGUGAACUGGCAAAAUGGAAGGUUCUGGAACAAACAAUAGUGAAAUCUUUGACACAAGCCCAUGCUGUGAAGGCUCUCAUCACUACACCUGACCGUAAUUUGGAACCAGAUCUUGUGGAACGGAAAGAGCAAAUAACAGCAGCUCUCAUGGAGUUUCGUCACCAGGAGUCUAAGCUCCGUCAUCUGAAGACUUUAGAAGCGGAGAAGGAGGCAGAGCUGGCCGCUACAAGGAGUCUAUGGGAUCAGGAACUGACAAACUUAAGAGACAUGCGGGAAUCUGGCAACUACUUCGAAGAGUAUGAUGUUACAAGUCCUAUGUAUAAAAAACUCCGCACCGUAGUCGACAAAUUGGAGCUGAUGCGGUGGUUAGUCGGCAGAUUGGUGACGUCACGCGGCUCCCGAGACUGGCUCGCAACCCCGGACCGCACAGCGCAUCUACUCCGACUAGCGACCAAACACAAUAACGUUGAUACGUUUCUUAAAGAUUAAAAAAUAGUAUUUAACAUAACAUAACAUAACAUCACGCAAUUAUCCUCGAAGGGGUAGGCAGA